UACACUACUAAAACGUCGACUCGUUUUUAAUCUCAUUUAUACCGCACCUGAGUCGUGUGCUCUGUAAAACGCGUGUUUUCUUGUCUCGACGUAGCCGAUCAAGUUGAAUUGUCCUUGAAGUCUCUACUGUAAUUCACAUUUGAAAUAAGCCAAAAUGAACGAGGAGGACGACUCGUUGCAGAAAACAAGGCAGGGGUUUGAAGAUCUCUGCCGAGUCUUGAAUAUGGACGAAGAGGCUAGCAAUGCAGCGUGGAGAAGUUAUGAAAAUAUUUGCAAAAAUUACACCCUGGAGGGUAGUGAAAUGCAUUGGCUGGCAUGUGCAUUGUAUGUGGCUUGCAGAUCGUCAGUGCCCACAGUAGGCAAAGGCACGUCAGAGGGGAACUAUGUGUCCCUGACCCGAAUCCUACGCACCUCAGAGCUGAGCUUGAUUGAGUUUUUCAAUAAAAUGAAGAAAUGGCAGGACAUGGCCAGCCUGCCUAAAGAAUUUCGACUGUGCACAGAGAAACUGGAGAGAAACUUCACAGUGACUUCUGUCAUUUUUAAGAAAUAUGUCCCUAUAUUUAAAGACAUUUUUAAAACCCCCUCAGAAGACCCACCCCGAACCCACAGGAGCAGGAAGCAGAGACGCCACCCCUGCACUGUGUCUGAGGUUUUUAACUUCUGCUGGAUUCUGUUUGUUCAUGCCAAAGGAAACUUCCCCAUGAUAAGUGAUGACCUGGUGAAUUCAUAUCAUUUGCUUUUGUGUGCACUGGACUUAGUCUACACCAACUCUCUGCUCUGCUCCAAUCGCAGAGACCUCCUUAACCCUUCAUUUAAAGGUCUUCCUGAGGACUUUAACAGUAAGGAUUUUAAACCAGGCCCUGGGCCCCACUGUUUCAUAGAGCAGCUGUGCACCCUGCACGACGGUCUCGUCCUGGAGGCCAAAGGCGUGAAAGAGCACUUCUGGAAACCCUUCGUUAAGAGACUGUUUGAGCGUAAGAUUCUCAGAGGGAAAGAGGACACGUUGACUGGGUUUCUGGAUCCCGUGAACUUUGGAGACAGUCUGGUCUCGCUGAACAGAACAUACGAGGAGCACAUUUUGUCGUCUGGUGCUCUGGAUGAGAGAGUAUUCCUGGGUGAGGGAGCAAGAGAGGACAUUGGCACCCCAGGCCCCUGCCUGUGUGACGGCAUAGAAAACCAGGAGCGUCCUGCCAACAAACCCCAGUCCUCCCUAACUACGUCUGCUCUGAAAGUGUCCACGCCUCUGACCGGCAGGAGGUACGUGCAAGAGAGCGUCGUGGGAACGCCGGUUUCCAUGGCAAUGCAGAGCGUCGGGCGUCUGCACAGCCUGCUGACUGGAUUGAGAGACAAACCCAGUGUGAAGCUUACGGAGAUGUUCAGGGCGUGUGCCAGAGACCCCAGUGAGGUGAUCAACGCCAGACUGAGGGAGAUGGCCGAGACCUUCUACCACAGCUACAAAGGCUCUGGGGAGGAAAACGGAGGACUCGCUAGAGAUAUUGCAGUGAAGUACUUUCGCCUGGCGGAGGCGCUGUAUUAUAAAUCGCUGGAGGGUAUCAUCGACCAGGAGAAGAGAAGACUGGGUGACAACGACCUCUCCGGCAUCUUGGAGCAGGAUGUGUUUCAUCGCUCUCUCCUAGCCUGUUGCCUGGAGAUUGUCAUCUUCUCGUACCGCCCACCCGGCGAGUUCCCCCGCAUCAUUCAGAUCUUUGACCUGCCCCCCUACCACUUCUACAAGGUGAUCGAGGUGUUAGUGAGGGCAGAGGAGGGUCUGUUUCGAGAGGUGGUGAAGCAUCUGAACUGGGUGGAGGAGCAGGUGCUGGAGAGCCUGGCGUGGAGGGAGGGGUCACCCCUCUGGGACAGCAUAAGAGGGUCGAAGAACCGUGCUCCCGCCUGCCAGGAGGUGAUGCCACCUCAACAUUUGGAAGACAGUUCUGGAAGCACCCCUCACACUCCCAGCCGCGGGUCGGUGCUCACCGCUAACUCCGCGGGAAAAGGAGUGUCCCCGUCCCCCACCACUUUGCACGACCGUUACAGCUCUCCCCCGACCGGCACCGCCCGCAGACGCCUGUUUGUGGAUGGAGAGACGACCUCUGACCCUCCCACAACUGUCAGGGUCACCCAGCCCUCUCUGGUUAGCACCAUCCCCGCUGGCCAAACGGUGGUGACCAUGGCGACGGCCACUGUCACCGCAAACAACGGGCAGACUGUCACUAUACCUGUGCAAGGAAUAGCCAAUGAGAACGGUGGGAUCACAUUUAUCCCGGUGCACGUGAGUGUGACUGGGCAGAACACGGGCACACUCCAGCCCCUCACUGCCCAGGCUCUGACUGGCACCCUAAGUGCCCAGCAACUGACCAACGCCAGUCAGAACAGUCCGGUCCCCGGCACGCAGGGCAAGAAAUCCCCGCCGCAGGGAACACCCACUAACCGUGCCCAGAGAACAGGGUCUCUUUGUCUGUUCUUCCGCAAGGUGUACCACUUGGCCAGUGUGCGUCUGAGAGACCUAUGUGCCAAACUGGACAUCAGCGAUGAGUUACGCAGGAAAAUCUGGACCUGCUUCGAGUACUCACUGGUGCACUGCACUGAACUAAUGAUGGACAGACACAUAGACCAGCUUCUUAUGUGUGCCAUUUAUGUCAUGACCAAGGUAACCAAAGAGGACAGAUCAUUCCAGAACAUAAUGAAAUGUUACAGGUCACAGCCUCAGGCCAGCAGCAGUGUGUACAGGAGUGUGCUGAUAUCAGGGAGAAAGAGACGUCACUCUGGCAACAGUGAAAACAACCAGAGACAAAGCUCUCCCUCUGAUGGUGGCCAGGAUCAGGCGAGCGGGGACAGUAGUCCGGUGUCGAUGCGCUCCAGUAGCACUCUGCCCAUCCCACAGCCCAGCAGCGCCCCCUCCACCCCCACCCGUGCCCCGGGGGCCCCCGCAGAGCAGGAGGAAGAGGAGCGGGGUGACCUCAUCCGUUUUUACAACCACGUUUACAUCAAACAGAUCAAACCAUUCGCCCUGCGCUACUCCCCGCACUCCGCCGAGUCUCCACCCCUAUGUCCGUACCCCUCUCUCCGGAUUGGUUCGCCGCGUAGAGUCCUCCUCUCUCAUAAUCACUCCAUCUACAUCUCUCCUCAUAAGAGCACCAGUGUCCUCACUCCCAGAGACAAGAUCUUCUACUACAUCAGCUCCAGCCCCUCAAACCGUCUGCGUGAGAUUAACAGCAUGAUUAAGACGGGGGAGACGCCGACUAAAAAACGCAGUAUGACGCUGGAGGAGGAGCAGCCGUCUCCCGCAAAGAGGAUGUGCCAGGAGAACCAGACGGCUCUGCUUCGCCGCCUCCAGGACGUGGCCAACGACCGGAGCACCUCUCACUGAGCCGAACACACGCUGCCACUCCGCUACACCACACACAAGAAACUCACACAGAGAUUUGAACACCAGCUCCUCCUAACAGAUAUGCAAAUAAACCCCACGUCGCAACAGCCACUCCCAUAAAGACACGGAUUGGCCCGUCACUGGCCCCCUCCCACCACCGUGUGACUCCACCCACACAAAACAGGCUCCUGGAUACCUGAAUACCAUCUCCACGCCAAGAACUCUGUCAAAGGUCCAAAACGAUCCCCGUAAAAUGCCAGCUUCUCUGAAACCCUGUGACCAGACCCACGUGAUAGCAGAUAGAACAGUAAACUGAGUUCUCCACACAGUUACAUGCCCUCAGCCAGUAAUCAUCGGCUCAUUACCUACACAGAAAAUAUCCACGCCUCCGGCACAAACCACGCCCACCGAAGACUAGCCCCUCCUCACUCUCUCCCUUUGACAUUUACAGUUAAAAUCUGCCUAAAAUCUAGAAUCUGUGGUGGAAUAAAAAUCUUAACGGUAAGAAGCGUCUCAGAAACGUCAUAGGUAUUCCGUAGCUUCCUCUACGGCAGGGGUG